AUCCCCAAAUAUUUUGAUCCUAAUUUGGUUUUCAUCGGCUUUGGUGACGAACCUCUGAAGUUAUGCCAACGAUUAAUGGACACUGUGGUAAAUUCACCGCAUUUGUUGACUGUAAGACCUUCUAUUAGUAUUUUGAGCAUGAUUCCUUCGGUUAUGGAAGAACUACCUGUCACUAUGAAAGGACUACAACUCGUGGCCUUCGGCAAAAAAUACAACUGGAAAGAAGACGAACUGGAAGGUGUCUUCUAUGUUACGAAUUACAACUCUUUGCGGCUAAACGGUCUCAAAAAACAAAAAGAAAUUGCAGUGGAGGACUUUUUAGAGCACAGAAACAUUCCUAGAAGCAAAUUAAAUGGGGUAAUUUUUCAGGAGAAGGAGCCGUUGUGGUUGAGCCCAAUUCGGUCAGCUGAAGUGUUCAACUUCAAGAAGCGACUAGCUGAUGUUUUACGCGUCAAAUCAGAUAAUAUUUUCUGGGUGGAAAAUCAACAAGGAAUUGGACAUCUUCUUUCUACAUCAAUGAGCCGUAUUUAUCGUUGGCGAGAAGACAAAGAAAGUGAGGUAGGUUUAAUAUUUUAA